AUGACUGAUGCCAAUCAACAGCAAAAACAUGUAAACGACAGUGAAGUCGCUGGCGCCCCUGCGCCUAUUCAGGCGCCUUUGGAUUCUGAUGGUCUUAUUGAGAGUAAUUGGGAUUUUGUAUGCGAAAACUUCGACGAAAUGGGUUUAAAAGAAAAUCUUCUUCGUGGCAUUUAUGCAUUUGGUUUCGAGAAACCGUCCGCUAUUCAGCAACGUGCCAUUAUUCCGUGCACCAAAAAGCGUGACGUCAUUGCUCAAGCGCAAUCUGGAACUGGCAAAACAGCUACCUUUUCUAUAGCAGUUCUCCAGAACAUUGAUGAAACUAUUCCAGAAGUUCAAGCUCUUGUGAUGGCACCUACGCGUGAGCUUGCACAGCAGAUACAAAAAGUAAUGCUGUCGUUGGGCGAAUAUCUUGGUGUAAAAUGUCACGCAUCAAUCGGAGGAACAAAUGUUCGCGAUGAUCAACGCAAAUUGGAGUCUGGUGUUCAUGUUGUAGUUGGAACACCCGGCCGCGUUAAUGAUAUGAUCACACGCCAAUCUCUUCAAACCAAUAAUAUCAAAAUGUUCGUACUGGAUGAAGCAGACGAAAUGCUAUCUCGUGGAUUCAAGGAGCAGAUUUAUGACGUCUUCAAAUGUAUGCCGAAUGAUGUUCAGGUAGUGCUCCUUUCGGCUACGAUGCCAUCGGAAGUUCUAGAAGUAACAAAUCGUUUCAUGAACGAUCCUAUACGCAUCCUGGUGAAGAGAGAAGAGCUUACCCUUGAAGGCAUCAGGCAGUUCUACAUAAACGUCGAAAAAGAAGAAUGGAAAUUCGAGACGCUAUGUGAUUUAUAUUCUACAGUUAAUGUAACUCAGGCAGUCAUCUUCUGUAAUACCCGUAGGAAGGUGGAUUACCUUGCAGCGCAAAUGAGCAAAGAAAAGUACACUGUUUCCUGCAUGCAUGGUGAAAUGGAACAAAGUGAGCGUGACGUAAUUAUGCGCGAAUUCCGAUCAGGCUCAUCCCGUGUUCUUAUUACUACUGAUUUGUUGGCGCGUGGAAUUGAUGUUCAGCAAGUUUCAUUGGUCAUCAAUUAUGACCUCCCAAGCAAUCGUGAGAACUACAUCCAUCGAAUCGGACGGUCGGGACGUUUCGGGCGAAAGGGUGUAGCAAUAAAUUUCAUAACGGAAGCCGACAUGCGAAUGAUGAAGGAUAUCGAGAGUUUUUACAAUACACAAAUUGAAGAAAUGCCGAUGGACAUUGCAAAUUUGCUUUAA